CAGUCGCGGUUGCGUUGUACUACUGCUUCUUGGCGUCUGCACAAGCUGAGUGUAUUGUUACUUGUUUGAGCUGCUGGGGUCUGGCGUAUUCAAGCUAGUGUCUUGUCCUCGUGUGAGCUGGCUGUGUUGCCACAGCGUCCCCUGUUAGUUUUCUUCGAAUUGCAACCAGCCAUGUUGGAUGGCGCCGCCUGCCAGCCGGGGUUAUCUAGCGAAGAUUCUCUUUCAGCCCAGCUAUCAUUCGCUUCAAAAUCGCUGAACAACUCGACCAAACGGUUGAUAGAAGCAUGCAACUCAGUGAAGGAACUGCAAGGUCAUCUAAAGAACAUGAACUUCAUGGAUAUAACAGCUCAGUGCAAGACCACUGGAGCAGAGUUCUCACUGUCCGAUGCAUCAAGCUCACUGGACAACCUCAAGUCUCGAGUACAGUCCCAGAAAGAAGGGGCGGGAACAGCACCUGCUGUCGUGAGGACAUGGCUUCCGCACCUUGAUGGAGAAGAAGCUGAUUUAAAGGAACAGGGGUCCGUCAAUCUCGUCAGGACCUGGUUGGGAGCAGUGUGACCAGACUGUUAUUCUGGCUGCAAUUGAUUAAUCCCAGUGAGCAUGCAGCUUUCUUGGGAACAGACCUCAUGGCUGGUCUCCCGUUACGCCAGAACAGUUGAGGUGUUCACCAGUUCAUCGUAUCAUAUCUGCUAGCGACUCGUCUUGGCUGGCUCUUUUCUAGUUUACAAAGAAUUAUGAAAACCUUACCCUCUUU